UGGAUUUGUUAGUAAACACAUAAUCGAAAGAGUACAACUAAGUGCUGGUUCUUUAUUUGGUAAAAGAUGCCGCCCAAAGUUAAGGAUAAGGAAUAUUUAAUUGUGUUAGUCAAUAUUGGGUGCACUGACGAAACGGAAAAUGAAAAUAAGACAAGUUUCUUUGAAAAAUCAAAACAAGCGAUACAGCAGUUGAUUCAAAAAAAAAUUUUUUUGCGUCCUAAAGAUGAGGUAGGCAUUGUACUAAUGGGUGCAUCUGAAACAAAGAAUCGAUUAUUAUUUGACAACAUUGUGGAAAUGAAUUCCUUGCAAGUACCUAAUUGGAAUUUAGUUGAAAAUGUAAUAAAUUUGAAAUGUACUAAAGAAAAGGCUAAUUGGGUCGAUGGUAUCACAGUCGCACUCGAUUACGUACAAAGAGAAUGUGUGGAAGCAAAUGCAUCACGAAAAUUGGUUUUAUUAACUGAUUUUAAAGAAGAUCCCGAUGUUAUUAGGCAAUACAAUGCCGACAAUAUUGUCACAGACAUAAAUGAAGCGAACAUUGAUUUAUUGGCAAUAACUAACAACUUCUCGAAUGCAGACUCAGAAAUCGAAUUAAAUCCCAGCGAACAAGUUUUUGCCAGUGUUUGUAAAAUGGUUAAGGGCAAAAUAUUGACAAUAGACGAUACUCUAUCAAAAUUGAUGAUUUAUAAGGAUCGUCCAAAGAAAGCAAUGCCUUGGAAGGUCGCCAUGGAUUUAUUCAAUAUUAAGAUUCCAGUCAUUGUUUAUUUGAAAACAACAGAGGAUUUUAAAUUACCGACAUGGAAAAAAUUUACGGAUUCACAAACUGCAAAAGUGCCAGUUCAAAAAGAACGUACUUUAGUGGAUAAAAAUAAAGAUGAAAUUGAUGAAGAGAGUACGAUUACUGGAACCAUGUACGGACGAAAAUUUAUAGCAUUUUCAGACGAAGAUAAAGCCAUGUCAAAAUAUCAGAGUGGACCAAAGAGCUUCAUCGUUUACGGUUUCACAAAAGAAUCCCGUGUCACAACCGAUUGUUUGGCGGGUAAAGGCUCAUACAUUGUUGUGCCUGAACUAGAGUUCGCCAGUCCAUUUUAUUCAUUGGUAAAGGCAAUGAUUGAGAGUAAAACAGUUGCUAUUGUCAGAAAAGUACAUCGAGAUAAUAUAGCACCCAAAAUGGGUGUGCUGAUUCCAAAAAUUGAUGUCCCAGGGCAACUUUGGUGUCUGGUAUACAUUGAAUUAAUUUUUGCUGAAGAUCGAAGGAUAGUACAACCAAAACCCAUAAGAUCUACUCUGAAUGAAUUAUCGGAUGCACAAGCAGAAGCUGUGGGUGAUCUUAUCGAUUCAAUGAUGUUGGCGACAGUAGAAGACGAUUCCAUGGACGAGAAGCAAGAAGCAUUUGAAGCAGGAACUGUUGACGAUGUCUCUAGGCAGCAUGUUUGGGAUGUGUUGGCCCAUAGAGCAUUGCAUCCAGACGAUCCUUUACCACCUAUGUCAGAUUUUUUGCAAAAAAUUUUGGAACCGCCACAGUCGGUACAGUUGAGAUCAAAACGAGCGUUGAAGGAUAUCAAAACACUUUUCCCAAUAAAACCUGUUGAGAAAAAAAAAAAUUCCAAAAAAAGAUAUGAAGGAGGGCCAGAUGAUCUGGGAGAACCCUUCGAGGGUGUUGAUCGUAGUACUCAGGAUUUAAAUGCAAUGGCAACAGAAAAAAGUGCUGAUAGAAUUGCAGAGGAUUUAGAAAUGGAAGAAGCACAGUUAUCUCUAGUCGCGGAAGCUGUUGAAGUAGUCUCCCAAUCAAUGGAUGUAGACUUAGAGGACCUGGCUAAAAGCAUGUAGAAUAAGAUGCAAUGCUUUGACUGGUUCGAUGUUUUAACCAACCAUCUUCCGUUACUUUACCAUCCAAAGAUACUUGGUAAUUCGUAAAAAUAUGUAAUGAUGAAAUAUUUUUAAUAAAAUUU